UGUUGGAGCGAGGGUCACGUCAUGGGGGAACUGUUCAGGAGCGAGGAGAUGACUCUGGCCCAGCUCUUCCUCCAGUCAGAGGCAGCCUACUGUUGCGUGAGUGAGCUGGGAGAACUGGGCAUGGUCCAGUUUAGAGACCUGAAUCCAGACGUAAAUGUGUUCCAGCGCAAGUUUGUGAAUGAAGUGAGGCGAUGUGAGGAGAUGGACAGGAAACUGAGGUUUGUGGAGAAGGAAAUCAAGAAAGCAAUUAUCCCAACUGUUGACACUGGAGAAAAUCCAGAAGUGCCUUUUCCCAGAGACAUGAUUGAUCUGGAGGCCACCUUUGAAAAACUGGAGAACGAACUAAAGGAAAUCAACACCAAUCAGGAGGCCCUGAAGAAGAACUUCCUGGAGUUGACGGAGCUCAAACACAUCCUCCGACGCACACAGCAGUUCUUUGAUGAGAUGGAGGAUCCCAACCUGCUGGAGGAGUCCUCGGCCCUGAUGGAGGGCAGCGAGGGGGGCCGCGGGGCUCCACUCAGACUGGGGUUUGUGGCCGGAGUGAUCGGCAGGGAGAGGAUCCCGACCUUCGAGAGGAUGCUGUGGAGAGUGUGUCGUGGGAACGUCUUCCUAAGGAAGGCAGAGAUUGAGGACCCUCUGGAAGACCCCGCCACGGGAGACCAAGUCCACAAAUCAGUGUUCAUCAUCUUCUUCCAAGGCGACCAGCUGAAGAACAGGGUGAAGAAGAUCUGUGAGGGGUUCCGUGCCUCGCUAUACCCGUGUCCAGAGACCCCGCAAGAGAGGAAGGAGAUGCUGGCUGGAGUCAACAGCCGCAUUGAUGACCUCCAGAUGGUGCUGAACCAAACAGAAGAUCACCGUCAGCGGGUGCUGCAGGCUGCCUCCAAGACCAUGCGGGUGUGGUUCAUCAAGGUGAGGAAGAUGAAGGCCAUCUACCACACACUCAACCUGUGCAACAUCGACGUCACCCAGAAGUGUCUGAUCGCUGAGGUGUGGUGCCCCGUCUCUGACCUGGACUCCAUCCAGUUUGCUCUGCGGAGAGGCACAGAGAGAAGCGGCUCCACGGUGCCGUCCAUUCUCAACAGGAUGCAGACCAAGCAAACCCCGCCCACUUUCAAUAAGACCAACAAGUUCACUUCAGGUUUCCAAAACAUCGUUGAUGCCUAUGGCAUUGGGAACUACCGAGAGAUCAAUCCAGCUCCAUACACCAUCAUUACUUUCCCCUUCCUGUUUGCGGUGAUGUUUGGUGACAUGGGCCACGGCGUGCUGAUGACCUGUAUUGCCCUCUACCUGGUCAUUCGAGAGAGUCGCCUCGUCGCGCAGAAGAGUGACAACGAGAUGUUCAACAUGGUGUUUGCUGGCCGCUACAUCAUCCUGCUGAUGGGGCUCUUUUCCAUGUACACCGGAAUCAUUUACAACGACUGCUUCUCUAAGUCUCUCAACAUGUUCGGCUCUGGGUGGAGCGUCAGGCCCAUGUUUGGUCCCAAAGGCGCUAACUGGACAUUUGAGACGCUUAAUGGAAAUGGAGUUCUCCAGUUAGACCCAGCUGUCCCUGGUGUAUUCAACGGGCCUUAUCCACUUGGAAUUGACCCGAUCUGGAAUGUUGCCACCAACAAGCUGACUUUUCUCAACUCAUUUAAGAUGAAGAUGUCUGUGAUCCUGGGUGUCAUUCACAUGCUGUUUGGAGUGUCUCUCAGUCUCUUCAACCACCUGUACUUCAAGAAGCCGCUGAACAUCUUCCUGGGCUUCAUCCCUGAGAUCGUGUUCAUGGCGAGCCUGUUUGGCUACCUUGCCCUGCUGGUCUUCUACAAGUGGACCGCCUAUGACGUCUUUACCUCAAAAGAUGCACCCAGCCUGCUCAUCCACUUCAUCAACAUGUGUCUCUUCAACUACAGCGACCCCACCAGCAAGCCUCUCUACAGGGGACAGAUGGGGAUCCAGAUUUUGUUGGUGCUGAUUGCCCUUGCAUGUGUACCCUGUAUGCUGAUUGUGAAAACUAUGGUGCUUCGGCGUCAGCACCUGUGGAAAAUGCACCUGGGCACACAGAAGUUCGGAGGGGUGCGUGUGGGCAACGGGCCCACAGAGGAUGAGGCUGGUAUCAUGGACCAUGACCACCUCUCCCAGCACUCAGAGGAAGGAGAAGAGCACACAGAUGAAGAGCCGUUUGACUUUGGUGACGUAGCUGUGCACCAGGCCAUCCACACCAUAGAGUAUUGUCUCGGAUGCAUCUCCAACACAGCCUCCUACCUGCGCCUCUGGGCCCUCAGCCUUGCUCAUGCACAGCUGUCGGAGGUCCUCUGGACCAUGGUGAUGCACCUGGGUCUGUCCUCCCGGAGCGGCGGUGGGUUCUUCGCGCUGUCAAUCAUCUUCUCAGCCUUUGCCACCCUCACGGUUGCCAUCCUGCUCGUCAUGGAGGGGCUGUCCGCCUUCCUGCAUGCCCUGCGUCUGCACUGGGUGGAGUUCCAGAACAAGUUCUACUGUGGCCAGGGCUUCAAGUUUCUCCCCUUCUCAUUUGAGAGCAUCCUGGAGGGACGAUUCGACGAAUGAUCGGAGACCCCUUCCCUUCUCUCCUUUGUGUAUGUGUUGACACAUUUGUGUGCAUGAGCCCAAGUACAGCCUUCUGUCACCCUCUAGUGAUCCAUUUGUGAAAUUGUUAUUGUGUUUGAGCUAUAAUGUGAUCUUUAGAAAGGUUUCUUUCCAAUGCACACGUGCCAAGCUGUACCCACACUGGAGCUUCUAUUGCUGUGGCACAAAACCGUCACUGUGCUCACCUCUGCCGUCAUAACAUCUCUGUCAGCUUCCCUUCAAAGACAGCUUUCACCAAAUACAUUCGGCACGGCCUGUUUAUUGGUAGACCAAUCUGGUUUGAAUACAGAAGUAGAUAAACAGCUAUUACCAUGGUGGCACCUCACCUAUCAAUCCAGUUUAAAAAAAACAAAACGCUGAUACCGCAUAAUGUUGCAGUUUAACGGUCGAUUGCCAAUGCAGUGCCGGUAGAUUGCCUGCCGUUAAAAAACCCCCACUUGUUUUCUGACAGAUGGCUCGCCACGCAUGCACGGUCAAAAACUUUGUAGCGCUAAUUAGCAAUCCUUGCUGGACCAAGUAAAAAGCACACACACACUGAUUUAGCAUUUUAAUUAAUGUAAAUACCUCUCCAAGUCUUGCUAACACAAAAAGUAGCUUGCAAGCCUUAAAGGGUAUGCACCCCUAGUGCAGACAGUGUAGACAGCGUAACGUGGCUGUACAACGUGACAGCAAAGUUAUCUUGUGCAUAUGUACAGCUUGGAACAGAGGGAUUGGAAAAACCCUUGAAGAUUUAUUGUGCAAAUGAAAAUUACUGUAAAACCUGCUGUUGUCUUGCUCCUGUGUCAUCAGAGGAUCUUCACACAACCAUUGUUGAAGUCCCAGUGUUUUUAGAAGAACUACUCUCAAGUAACAAUACAUCCCAACAGUAUUCAAGGCCAUGUCCUCAGGUAAAAGCAUGAGAAGUCAGAUGGAAUGUAACUGAAAGGAACGUUUCUGCUGCUACAACUUUGGCAUGUCCAAAAAUCAGUCACUACAAUUAAGACCAGAGCUGGAUAAACUGGAAUAAUCCUAAUAUACUGCACAUGCAGCUCGUUGGUGCCCACUGUCUGUUGAUCUGUAACGUCCCUGUGCUCACUGAAUAGAUGUUGUAAACCAGGUGGA